UUCACUAAAUAUUAUUAUUAUUUUUACAAAAUCAUAAAUGUUUACAUCUGAUUGUAUCUGAUGUCAGUGCUUACAGUAAAAUAACAAACAUUUCUCAUCUAUUUUAGCACUAAAGCUACAACAUGAGCAUGUUCAAAAAUAAAACAGCAACUGCAAAGUUUUACAAAGAACCAGCAAUGGUGGAGGAAGUGUACACUGGAUACCUGCACAAGUCUCCUGGCCAAUCAGCCUUAUUAAAAAGCGUUAAAUCAUGGAAGCAGCGUUUCUUUGUGUUCUCCAAGACGGUUGAAGACACCUACCAUCUGACAUACUAUACAAACAACGAAAAGAGAAACAAAACUGUGGGAAAGAUAGAGAUUUCUAAGAUCAGCUUGCUGUUUAUUGGCCCAGAAAAACAUCAGAUGUGGAACUGGAUUCAGAAACACUUCAGUUGUACUCCAGCCUCUGUGCUGUUCUUGAGGGUGGAAGAUGAUACACCAAAACACGCAAGAGAUUAUUUUCUCAUUGGAGAAAACAGUGAUGAUGUGAAUGGCUGGCACAAUACCUUAGUCAAGGCCCUGAAGACCCAGAAAUCAAAUAAACUGCGACAUACAGAUGACACCCUUGAGGACAACAGAUUUAGAUCAAUGGCUGCACCUGUGAAGUGUCCAGAACCAAAGGAUGAAAGAUGGUCAGCACCUGAAUUAAUGUUAUCUUCUCUGCCCCCCAACCAUUAUGCCUAUCCUCGCAAGUUCAGCGAACCUCUAGUACCAGCAGAGCGCAAGGAACAGGGAAACCAUGUAGAAAUGAACACUUACAAUGUACAGUAUUUUAUUUCAUUUCUUAUCAUCUUCUCCAGUGUGUCUGAGUGUCACCAGAUUCAGCACUCAUGUCUGUUCCAUAAGGAGGAUCAGAUCCUGGCCUUCAAUGACCUGCUAAUAGACACAUUAGAAGAGAUAGAUACAUACCUAAGAAGACUAAGCAAGGAUGAGGAUCCCAGCCUCUGCACUCUGAAUCUGACAUCACCACACUGA